AUGACCAGCUGUUCCUGGAACUACACUGACCUUAAUCCAAACCCUGUGUACACUGGAGAGACAGUAACUCUGAAGUGUUCAUUCUGGCCUUACAUUUACUGGAGCUAUACGUGGUUCAAAGACAACACUGAAAAACUAGUGCCCCAGUCUGACAGACACACUACAACAGGAGCCACCUUCACCAUCAGUAGAGCUGCUGAGUCUGACCAGGGUCUCUUCUGGUGUCAGGGAGAGAUCCAGUCGAGAUCCAUAUCAUCAAUCAUCAGUGAUCCUGUCACUAUCACUGUGAUUGAUAAACCCCAAGCUGUCCUGAGUGUCUCUCCUCAGUGGCUGAACCCUGGAGACUCAGUUACUCUGAGCUGUGGGGUUAAAGAGUCAUCUAUAGGCUGGAGGUUCUUCUGGUACCGAACUGUUCCCUACAGAGCUGGGUUACCCUCCCUAUUGGACAAGUCCUACUCUGUAGAGCCUCUAUCUGACCUGCAUCCUUCAGUGUCUCUCAGAAUAAGACCCAACAGAACUCAACACUUUACAUCCAAGUCUCUCUCACUAAGCUGUGAGGAGAAGGGGAACUCUACUGGAUGGAGACUGAAGAGAUACAGAGAGAGAGGAGUGGAGUCAGGGUGUGGCUCUUACUGGGGAUCAAUAUCAGGUUCCACAUGUACCAUCAGGUUCACACUUGAAAAGGACAGUGGAGUGUACUGGUGUGAGUCUGCAUCAGGAGAGUACAGUAAUGCUGUCAACAUCACAGUGAUUGCUGGUGCUGUGAUCCUGGAAAACCCUGCCUAUCCCAUGACUGAGGGAGACUCUGUGACUCUGCUCUGUACAAAUAGAUAUCAGGAAACAAACCCAAACCCCAAGGUUGAUUUCUACAAAGAUGCAGAACUCAUCAGGAAUGAGACCACAGGAGAGAUGACCAUUCCUGCAGUAUCCAAGUCAGAUGAAGGCUUCUAUAAGUGUAAAUCUACUGAAGGAGAAUCACCAGAGAGCUUGGUGACAGCGUAA